UUCCUUAUGUUGGAAAGUUGGGAUCCCUAAGAAAGUUGGACCUCAAAGGGUGCGAAAGUCUUGAAGAAGUGCCAGAGGGUAUGGAGAUGUUGGCAAACCUGAGGUACCUCGCCCUAGAUGGCACAGAGAUAGAGACAUUACCGGAGGGAGUGUUGGGGAAGCUGGUGAAUUUGCAAUAUCUCACGAUUAAAAAGCUAAGGGCAGGAGAAGAGGUAAAAUUACCGAAGGUGGAGGAACUUCAUUGUUCUGUUUCCAAUGUGGAAACGUUCAAUGCAUGUGUGGGGUCUCUCGAGCGAAAUAGUUGCCAACAGUACAGGCUCGUGAUGGGUGCACCAGAAAAUUUCAGCCUUUGGUGUGGGAGGAAGAGUGAGAGGUCUUUACUCAUUGAUAGUUGCAACCAUAUUGCUGCGAGUAUAGAUGGAACAAGUGGUGAUGGCUACGCUCUGCUUCCAGAAAGUGUGCAAUCAUUGGAAUUGUCCGGGUGUCAUGAAAUGAAGAGAGUGAUGGAAUGGGAGUGGCCGACCACUCUCCUUCCAAAUCUGAAGGAGAUUAUAACGAAGAGUUGUGAGAACUUAGAGGAGAUAAUACGUGGCCCAUUGCCGAGCGGAGCCACUUGUUGCCUUACAUAUCUUGAAGUAAAUUGUUGCAACAACAUGAAGAGGGUGCUGCUGACGCAAGACAUGGUGCUCCACCUCCCUUUCCUCCAAGAGAUAUUAGUCAAAGACUGCAAGGGCAUAGAGGUGAUAAUGGACACUGUUGCCAAAAUGACGCACUUUUCCUUCCCGAAGUUAAUGAACCUUGGUCUAUGUAAUCUUCCGGAGCUGAAGAGCAUAUGCGAUGGGACCACGAGAUGCAAUUCCCUCCAGUUGAUAUCUAUUGACAAUUGUCCAAAACUGAAGGUGAUUCCUCUGCAGCUGCCUGUGCUUGACAAUGGGCUCCCUUCUCCUCCCCCUUCUCUUCAAGAGAUUUGGAUAAAUCGGCAGACGUGGGAGUCGCUGGAGUGGGAUCAUCCCCUUGCCCGUUCUACACUUGAACACUUCAUCGAGUUUCUUGACUGAUGAAGCCGUGGUGGAUCCCAUUGAGUAUGAAUCGUCUUCUGAUGGCAGUGGACAUCAACCUCAAAGCCAUUGCUACAUCAUCCUGCUCGAUUGAUGUUUAAAGUACCUCUGAACCUUACGAUGACAUAUGCUUAAUUUAUGCCUUAUUUUAUAAUCUAUGUUAACUACGUCUUGUUUCUGGAUUCUUCAGUUUGUAUUAUCCCUUAAUUCUACCUCGUGAAACAUUUAUCUUUCCA